AUGUCCCAAGUCAUGGACUCCAAGACCACGAUGGUCGGAGAUGAUGGCAUGGCAGACGCAAUCGACGGCUUCGUCAAGCUGAAGGGCACCGUCAUGGUCGCUAGAUACCAAAAGGAACCCGGAGGGAAUAGGUUCUGGUUCACGCCAGAAACCGAGAUUCUCUCCGUUCAGUGCAAAAAAAAACUGUUUCUAGACACAACAGACAACCAGUUCUCGGAGGCAGAGAAGAUUUGGUUCCUUGUGCACUUUCGUAAAGUUCAGUACAAGGGCUCCACCUACUGCUUUAUUAUAAAGCCAAUAGCCGGAGGGGAUGUAUUCGAGAGAGUAGGUUGGUUGACCGCAAUGUUUGACCGAGAACCUCCUGACGAAGUCGAGAGGCAGAUUAUAGGGGUGGUCUAGGAAGUAAACGAACGGGCGAAGCUACUUUAGUAAUACAUAAUUAGCUCUUCCGAGGAACAUAGUAAGGGAGAAAACAUAUAUAUAAC